AUGGCCGAGCUCAAGGUUGAAUCACGCUCGGAGUCAGGACCUGAGCUGGAGGUCAAGAAGGUGGCCGUCACUGAGGGGACGGACGAGGUCGUCGGAGUGGUUGAGGACAUCUACAUCGUGGACCGUGCAAUGGAGAAGAAAAUGCUCCAGAAGUUCGACUGGUACAUCAUGCCAGCUCUCUCGGUCAUGUAUCUGUUCAAUUCAAUCGACAAAAGCAACUUGGGUAAUGCAAAGACCGACGGCAUGGACAAGGACCUUCAUCUGGUCGGAAACCAAUACAACAUCAUGCAGUCUGUGUACUAUGUGCCUUUCGUCCUCACCGGGCCUCCCAUGAACUUGGUCACCAAGAAAUUCGGAGCAGCCCGUGUCCUGCCGGCUUCUGCCAUCAUGUUCGGCGCCAUGGCCAUGAUCAGUGCUGGCACCUCCAACUUCGGGGGCAUCGUCACCACACGGUGGUUCCUGGGCAUGGCCGAAUCCGGGUUCUUCGCCGGUGUCAUCUACUACCUGUCGACUUUUUACACGCGAAAGGAACUGGCAACGCGCUUCAGCAUCUUCUACGCAUGGUCGGUCGCCGCGGGUGCCUUCACGGGUUUGAUCUCCUAUGGAGUCUUCCAAAUCACGACAGGACCUCUCAAAGGCUGGCAAUAUCUCUUCCUGAUAGAAGGUGCGCUCACUGUGCUCUCCGGGAUCUUCGCGUGGUUCAUCCUCCCCACGUCCUCUGCAACCGCAUACUUCCUGAACGAUGCCGAGAAGAAGUUGGCCUACCACCGCAUGGCAAAGGGCUCGUCCACCUCGGUCGACGUCAAGUUCAAUUUCCGCAAAGCCAUGAGAGUCUUCGUGGAGGACCGCAUGUGGCCAUUUUACAUGUUCAUUGGCUUCUGCGUGGACAUUCCUCACUUCUCGCUCUCGAACUGGCUCCCACAGAUCGUGCAAAGCCUCGGCUACUCCACCAUCAAGACGAACCUGUACACCGUGGCCCCCAACCUGGUUGGAGCCGUGUUUUUGGUGGCUGCCGCCUUCUCGUCCGACUACACCGGAGACCGGGCGCUGCACAUCGCCGUCACCCUGUGCAUGACUUUUGUCGGCUUCACCGUGCUGGCUGCAGUCGACGUGGCCCAUCACGUUGGAGUGGGCUACUUCUGCUGCUUCCUGAUCUGCUGCGGAGGCUUCGUCAGUUCGCCUCUUCUGGCUUCCUGGUACGCCAACAACACCCCCGAGGAGAAUCAACGGGCCCUCCUCACUGCCACCCUGGCCGCAACUGCUAAUGCAAUGGGUCUGGUCUCCUCCAACCUCUUCCUCGACAAGGAUGCUCCCCAAUACACCAUGGCGUCCGCGGUUUCGGGUGGAUUUGCCGGCCUCGGCUGUAUCCUUGCCACCUGCGUCGGCCUGUACAUGAAGUUUGACAACAUGAGGAGGGACAGGAUCCAGGGCGUCAAGCUCAAGCCUCAAGAUGUCCCAACCUCGGCGUUGGUCGACGGUCAGAAGAGCUUGAGCUGGAGAUGGCUGGGUGGUAUUCCAUGA